AUGGUCUACAACGCCUUCGCGGUGUACGACAACACGCUCGGCUUCAGUGUCGGUAACGAGAACAACCUCCAGGUGAAGAACGGCGCCGCUGGCACGACCACGGCUCCGUGUGUCAAGGCCUUCCUGCGUGACACGCGCAGUUACGCUGCGAGUUGCUCGGGCUCCGUGCGUCAGGUGCCGAUCGGCCUGGACAUUGCCGACAUCCCUCCUCGUGAGCAGUGGAUCUCGUACUACGACUGCGCCAUUGACGAUGACGAGAACACCCGUGCCGAAUGGAUGGGCUUCAACCCGUACGUCGAGGGUGACCCCGCCACGCACCUGGAGUACUCGCAGUCGACGGGCCUCAAGAAGCUCAUGUCCGAGUACGCCGAGGUCGGCUACGCUCACCCGCUCAUGUUCGGCGAGUUCGGAUGCAACAAGGGCAAGAACACUGUUGAGGGCUACGAGAACCAGCGCUCGUUCCUCGAUGCCAAGUGGAUGAACGAGGAGAAGGAGAUGACGGACGAGAUCGUGGGCAGCAACGUCUUCGAGUUCACGACGGAGAUUGCUAACCUGGUCGAGAGCAAGACCCUCACCAAGACCGGCGACGCGGGCAAGUACGGCGUUGGCUACUUCAUGCCGGAAGACUGCGACAACGAGCUCACCGAGUGCGUCUUCACGCCCUACCCGGAGUACGACAACCUGAAGAAGGCGUACACGACCACGAAGAACUCCACCGUCGAGCACGACAGCUACACGCCUACGCGCACCGCCAUCCUGGAGUGCUCGAAGAACAUUUCGAGCGAGCUGCCGCCUACGCCCAAGGUCCCCGUUCUGGAGUGCACCAUCACGCAGCCCGUUUGCAACGGCAUCAAGGGCAACAGCUACGAGCACCACUCCACGGGCGCCGCCGUCGGUGAGAAGCGAACGCCCACGAACGAGGAGAGCAGCAGCGCGUCCAUUACGGACGCCACCACGGGAAGCAGCGGCGCCAGUGCCACGGCGUCUGCCGCGGCGUUCGUUCUGUCGGUGGCCACGGUGGCGGCCACUGCCAUGUCGCUCUUCUAG